AUGGACGAGAAAGCUGAUAAGAGAGUUCAUAGAACCUUUCAGGAAUCUAAGACAGGGGAACCCAAUAUAUGUUCCGUUUGGUGUCGAGGGGAAGAUGGAUUUCGAGUAAAUGGAGCUUCAAGACCAGAAAAAGUAUCUUUCCAGAAUGCUAAUUGUCUUGGCCGACAAAAUCACAAUAAUGAAUACGGAAAGUUCGCAUCGCCCAUCAGCAGUAAAUGUAAUCAUUUCAGCGGAAAAGGUGAAGAUCGUAAAAUUUAUGUUCGGGGCGUCAGUCCGCACGUCACAAAAGAUCAACAAUUCAGUAGUACUGUCGAGGGAUACAAUCCAAUCGUCGCUACUUUUCUUUGGGCAACUGCGCCGAAUCGGUACCUUGGUGGGCCAUGCAUGGACGAAAGAAGAACCGAAGACACCGAUGAAGAGGAUGAACCUCGAGAAGGUUGCAAUAAUCCGAAAUCUCCACUUAUGAUAGUCGAAAUGAUUGCAAAUAAAUCAGAUCGUAAACGCGUUGCAAAUUCUCUUAACUGUAAACUCGAAGGCGGAGAUCUUUCUAAUUGUAUUUGUUACAUGGAACAAGUUAAAGAGUAUUAUGGUUUUGAUCAUAUCAUUAUCAUCGGAGAACUUCAUGCUGGAAUUCUUUUUUUUUGGACUGCUAUGGUCGUGUGUUCAUAUGGGACUCAAUGUGUUAUGUUUUAUGGUCGCUUGGGAAUUAUUGGAACGAGGCAGCAAAGACUAGCCAAACAGAGUGGGGUUUAG